AUGUCGUCGCCUUGUUCCUCUCGUCCGUACCGGUCAAAGCGGCAUCGGCCGUGUGACCAAUGCCGGGCUCGGAAACUAGGAUGCCAAACCGAUGGCGGAAUUCCAUGCCAGCGUUGUCGAGAUGCCAAGUUAGCCUGCACAUUUGACAAUCCACCGCCGAAACGCCCACGCCUCUCGGACUCUUUGUCUUUUGCCGAUCCGAGCGUCAACGGCCUGUUUAUCACGAACGACCGGGAUACCUCCGCCGAGCAAAGCCCGUUUGAGAGAGUAGACUCGCGGUUUCCAUCGCUAGAAUUUGAUGGGGUGAAUAUUACCUCACCGGGCUCUGGAAUACUGUUGCCCGGUAGACCGCCAACUCAAUUCGUACAGAGCAUCGACAAACUUGACCAAGGAUAUGCCCAGUUAUUUGGUGCUUCAUCCGAGUCAGACCCAUGGCUUCUUCGGCAUUGCCGAUUUGAUGAUUCUGGUAUGAAACAUUUCUAUAAAGUUCACUAUCGCAACGCUGGUGGAGUCCCCACGGCCCAACGAAUUCCAAUUCAUUUCAUGAUCUCCUCUCAGGAGCUUUCCGCAUCGACACAGCAGGAAACUAGAGCAGGAAAUUACGACGUGAGUCGUGAACAAUUAGACAUUUUAGUACCCCCUGAAUAUGGGAGAAGAUUGGUUGCACUAUUCGUCAAGUAUGUGUUUCCUGCUUUACCAGUCAUCUCACGCUCUCAGUUAGGAUUGACGACAACUCAAACCCAGUUUCCGGAGCUAGCAGUACUCGAAACCUUACCCGUCUAUCUUUUGGCGGCUAUAUAUGCCUCCUCGUUUCCUUUCAUUGCGCAUGAUGACUACCUGUGCAUUCUGGGUACUUAUCAUUCAUCACCUGUCCAAAAGCUAUGGCGAAUCGUUUAUGAAAGCAUAACAAUUGAGAUACAUAGGCCUCGCCUCGCAGUUUUACAAGCCGCUUUGCUAUACAUACAGAAAAAGCCCACCAACGAUGCCCAGUACACUACUGCCGAUACCCCAUUUGUGUGGUCAUUUGUCGGCCAGAUAGUUGGUCUUGCAUGUAGUCUCGGGGUACACAUUGAAUGUCGUAUGUGGGGAAUUCCUGCAUGGGAAAAACGGUUGCGCCGCAGAUUGUGGUGGGCUGUUUAUGCCGAAGAUAAAUGGCGCAGCUUGUUAAUUGGACGUCCUCCUUACAUCCACCCUGCCGAAUGGGAUGUUAGCGACCUCGAUGAAGGGGAUUUUCUCGUUGGACCUCGACAAGGAUUCUCCACUCUUUCUUGCGAUACUGAGAUCCCAUUUCGCUUUCUAGUUGGUCUCGCUCGCGUUGCCGAGGAAAUACAAGCUACUUUCUACACCCUCCGAGCAUCCCAGAUUCUAAACGUUGAUCUAGAUUCCUCCGCCGAUCUAGGAAAAGAACUCUUGGAAAAACUUAAUUCGUGGUAUUCUUCUUUGCCGGAGACAUUUCGUUUACCGAAUUGGAGCAAGUCUGUGGAUGGGCUUGCUCCAUGGCCAACUUCCAUACACUUUGCAUACCUCUUGCUUGUUUUAUAUGUCUACCGUGCUAUGCUUCGACCUAUGGCUCAGUCAUCCUGUCCGCCGAUGAUAUUCGACCUGGAAGAAAUGUCAGCUACGCCCCCAAUACCAGUGGAUGAGUCGUCGCUGGACUUCACUGAUCUAUCUGAGAUCAAUUAUAUUCCCGACAUAACCAUUCCAGAAGUUUCCGGUCCCAGUGAAACUACCUUAUACGCGGCAGAGAAGUGUGCAACUAUUCUGGUCCUGCGAUGCCAAAGCCAAAGCUUCCCGCUCGUAAAACUAGGCCUAGCUCGUCUGGAUGCGUUGCAGUGGGCGGGCUUAGAUGAUACAUUUGUUCUCCCUCCGCAUGUGCAGGAUGUCAUUGCUACUCAUAAAACUGUUGAAAUCUAG